CUCGCGCACCCCGCUGUCCCCUCUCCCCCUGUCUUUCUCCCUCGGCUGGAACCGAAGAUUAAAUACAAACACAGCUAUGGGAGGAUUUAACGCGUAGCGGCCCCUGCUCCAUUUUAUUUAAAUUUAAAGCGUCGAGUUUAUUCCCCGCGAAAAUGGCGACGGGGGCAGGCUGGCAGCCUCCGUACAGCACCUCGACUAGCAGCACCAAAUAUACCCCCUCGCCAACGUCCAGCAUGUUUUACGACGGGAGUUUGACGCUGGAAUACACUCAAGACUUGCAUUUGAAGAUGAGCAAGAAGAUAGCACAACUGACCAAGGUGAUUUAUGCUCUCAACACCAAGAACGACGAACAUGAGGAAGAAAUCGAGUCUCUGAAAGAAGCCCACGAGGACGAGGUCCAACACAUUGUGACAGAAACCAGAGACAAGAUCAUGCAGUACAAGAGUAAGAUGGUGGACGAGGCAGACCUGAGGCGGCGGCUGGCCAGUCUGGAAGAAUCUGUCGAACUCCACGAACACAUGAAGAGACAGGCUUUAGCAGAGUUUGAGAUGUACAGACAGAGAAUGGAGGAUUCCCAGCUCUGCACUGAGGCCCAACACACGCAGAGAGUGGUUUCUAUGAGCAGAGAGGUGGAGGAGAUGCGUCGGGAUUUUGAGGAGAAGCUGCGGGCGUUCAGCCAGGCUCAGGCCCAGUUUGAGGCGGAUAAGCGUCGAGCGCUGGAGGAGCUGAGGGCCACCCACCGCCAGGAGGUGGAGGAACUCCUCAACAACCAGCAGAACCAGAGUGCCACCUCCAACGAAGACCAGGAGAAACUGGCCGAACUCCAUAGACAAGAGGUGGAGGCACUGAUGGAGAGGGUGGAGGAGCUUACGAAGGAUAAGGUCCGUCUGGUGGAGGAGUUUGAGGCCAAGCUGGGCAAAGCUCAGGAGUAUUACGAGAGGGAGCUGGAGGCCAUGAGGAGAACACACCAGCUCACCACCGAGAACCUGCUGGCCUGGAAGAGGACAGAGGUUGAGCUUCGUAAGGAGUUCCAGGCUCAGGAGGCAGCGCUGCAGCGCUCGCUCUCCAAGCUGAGGAGCGAGCUUCAGAAAGCACAGGAGGAGGCCAGAGAGAACCGAGACAAGACCAACAGACUGCAGACAUCGCUGGCCAACGCCGAGGGAACUAUCAAGAACCUGCACAAGCAGCUGGAAGAAGCCAUCCAGGACGGAGAGAUCUGGGUAAUGCAGCUGAAAGACACCGAGUACGAACUAGAGGGCAGCAGGGAACGAGUUCAACAGCAGGCAACUGAAAUCCUCCAUAAAGCCAGUCAGAUUGGCUCCCUGCAGGCCACCCAGAUGACUCACGAGGCCACCAUCAGGAACCUGGACCAGGAGCAGAACCGGCUGAAGGAGAAGAUCAACAGGCUGGAGGAGGAGAGGGAGGCCCUGCUCAACCAGAGCCAGGCCGCCAACGAACAGCACAAACAGCAAGUGCUCAAACUUGAACAGUCUCUGCGUGAGGAGCACCAGGGUUACGAGAAGGAGCUCUCCAGACUGAGAGCACACUAUGAGGAGGAGAUGCUUCGCUUCAAGGAGGCGCAGGUCAGAGCGCUGGAGGAGUUGGAGGAGAAACACCAGGCCAUGAGUGAGGAGGCCCAGCAGGAGAAGGAGGAGGAGAAGAAAAUCCUCAUGGCGAAAAUGAGUCAGGAGUUUGAGAUUAAGCGGCUGUCAUUGGAGGAGCAGCGAGACCGCCUUCAGCAGCAACUUGACAACUUGAAAGAGGAGCUCUCGGCCAAGCUCAAUAUGGCCAAUCAAGAGGUGUCCCACCUCCAGGAGUUGGUGAGGGAGGGGGAGCAGAACCUGGGUUCAGCUCAGACACAGAUCUCCUGUCUGAGGGAAACUCAGGAGAAACUCAGGAUAGAACUAGACGCAACUAGAUCCCGGGUCCGAGAGACCAGCAACCUGCUAACCGACCUACAGGAGGAGAUCGAGACACAGAGACAGCAGCACGAGGCCAGAGUGAUGUCCAUCAGAACAGAAGAGAAACAGAAGAUGGACAAGAUGGCAGAUGACUUGGACCAGAAAUGGAGAGAUGCACUGCGGGAAGAGGUGCGUCUUUUGAAGGAGGAGUUGACUGAGGAGUAUGAAGCAGACAAACAGGCGACGUUGACUCAGAUCUCCCAGCAGAAAGAACUGGAGAUGAUGGCAACAAGAGAGGGUUGGCAGAGGAAGGUGGAAGACCUGCUGGAACAGAUCUCUCUGUUGAAGCAGUCCCUGGAGCUGCAGUUGUCUCAGUCCCAGUCAGCUCUGCAGCAGCUGCAGUCUCAGUUCAGCCAGGAGAGGGAGCUGCUGACCCAACAGCUGAAAGAGAUGCAGAGAGAACAUCAGAGGAGAGAGCAUCGAUUACAGGAGGCUCACUGCUGUGCCCUGAGCACCAUGGAGGAGGCCAGACAACACCAGAUAAGGGCUCUGGAGGAGCGUCUGAAGCAGGAGCAGAGGGAGGAGGUUCACGCUCUGAAGGAGGCCCACAGGAGGACUUUAGAAAUCCUGAGGCAGCAGUCGGACCAGGAGCUGCAGACACUGCGCUUUGAACUGGAGGAUGAGGGGAAAGCAAAGCUGGCUUCUCUUCGUGCGGAACUGAACCACCUCCACGCUACAGCCAUAGAGCAUCUGAAGCAGAUCCACCUUAAAGAAAACACUGCCACCAAGCGAGAGCUAGAGAAAGCUAUGGAGCACAGCCACCAGCAGGAACAAGAGCUCCUGGGUCGUAUCUCCGACCUGCAAGCAGAGUUGUGUUCCCGUAGCAACCGCAUCACCGAUCUGGACCAUGAGAUCCACUCUCUGAACGAGACCAUCGACACUCUGACCAGAGAGCUGGAGCUGAAGGGCAAAGAGGUGCUGCGGGUCCGCAGUGAAGCGAAUCAUCAGAUAAGGGCCCAUGAACAAGACCUUUCAAAGAGACAUGAGAGGGACCUGGGGGAGAUGAGUGUAGUCCAUCACAGAGAAACACAAAUCAUGCUGGCUGACUUCAACAAGGCCCAGGAGGUCCUCAAAGACAAGAUCUCUGCUCUACAAAUAUUGUUGGAGGGGACAGAGGAGAAGCUAAGAAACAGAGAAAGCCGACCAGAAGACCUGCACAUUAUCGCAGAGCUCAGAGAGAUGGUCACAGAGAGAGAAGCUCUGGUCAAAAAGCUGGUGGAUGACAAGAAAUUUUACCAGUUGGAGUUGGUCAACAGAGAGACAGGAUUCAACAAGGUCUUCAAUUCCAGUGCCAACGUUGGUGUAAUCAACCCUCUUAUCAAGUCAAAAACAGGCAGCCAAUCAGAGCACCGCUUCACCAGCUUUCCUAGCCAGUCAGCUCUCCGAUUCGUCAGCCCUCCCACCAUGAGUCAUGAAGGAGAGGAAGAGGAGGGACGGGAGGUGGAGGAGCAUACUCCUCCUCCUCCUCCUUCUUCUUCUCCUCAUCCUCCACAUCAUCCCAUGCCAAGCCUUGCUCUUCCUCAUGCUCCUCAUCCUCAGGAAGCCCUGGUGCAGCAUCAGGGUCUACAAAGCUUUAGGAGCCUUCCUGAGGACAACGCCACAACACCAUCCGACCCGAGGAGGGUGGAGGCAGGAAAAAGCAAAGAAUACGUUGCAAAAGAAGAGGAGCUGUACUCGCAGUACUUCUCUUUCUGACUGGCAAAAAAACAAAAAAAAAAUCCCAAUUGUGUCAAAAAAAAUGAAGUAAUGGGACAGAGAGCUAAAGUUGGACAGCGAUCAAACUGAAGGUUCUGAAAGACAUUAAUAUCAAACGUCCACAGCUAAUCACAGCAUUCCCAUCAGUCGGGCAGUACUGAGAUUCCGGUGUGAUUGCAACCUUAGGGCUUCCAUACGUGGUGAGCACGAUGAGUAGUGAGGCUUGUCAGUGCGUCAUCAUGACAGUGUGCACGGUAGCAGGAGGUGAGGUGACAUACACACAUUAGUCGACGGUCUCUGCAUUUAUACCAUCUGCAACUGUGCACAACGUGACAUUUGUAUGAGCUCUAAAGUGGUACAUAUAAUGUCAAGUUUAAAGGACUUCAUUACCCAUGAGUUGAGAUAUUGAAGAGGUUCACUUGCAGCCCUUUGAGAGACAUCUUUGGCUCUCAAGUUGGAAUGUGAGAGAGGAAAUUUGACUGAUAACGUUAAACAAUGCAAAAAACUAUAAUGCUAUGUAAUUCAAUAUGCUACAUUUAGUUUGAUUUUAUUUCUUUGGUUUAGAGAGGAAGAAUAAAUCUAAAUAUAAGAUUUUUGGUCACAUGUCUAAAUAAUAAAGGCAUAGUGCCUCUACUAAUAAUUAUAUAUAAAUACAUUAUUUUUGCCGAUGCAAAGCUGUUAGAAUGAUGCAUCCUCAAGUUUAUCCCAGAUUGUAUCACACUUUUUGAAUCAGGGCAAUCACAUCUUGAACUUCUUUGUCAGUGCACCGAUGCGAAUCAGUGAAUCUUACCCUCCCCAGUGUCGACAAAUUAAAUAACAGUCCACUGAUAAAAUGUAACUAUAUUCUUUAACAUUUAAAGUCAUCAUAUCAAGAUGAGAGCUGUAUUAUUAACAUAUAAAGUCUCAACAAGAAAUAUUGACACAUUAAUGUGUUAUUUUAGUCGUUGGAGUAGUUGUUGGACCAUCUUUCCGAUUCCUAUUAUGCCAUAUGUCAAAUUUCCAGUAGAAAGGGCAUCCUUCCAGGUCUCACACGGACAGAUUAGUUUUAAUAUAAAGAGACUGUAGAGCUCUUACAGACAUUUCAGGCACUCACUUUGAGUUUUUUCCUACAAAUAAAGUGUUAAGAUCAGUGGUUCCCAACCUUUUCCUCUAAUGUACCCCCACAGCCCUGUCUAAGGUAAAAUUUGAGUGGUAGAAAUGUAUCCAUUUAUCCAUUUCUUUUAAGCUUUAUAAACCAUUUUCAGCUAACUAUUUCAACUGUUUAUUUAUUACUUAAAGAAAUCUACAGUAUUUUAUCCACUACUUUAGGUCUUUCAUGAUUUUUUAUAAUAGUUGCUGCUCACAAUUUCCACCAUUCAUCGAUUACUUUUUAGCUAUCUAUUUAACCACUAAGGCAUUACUAUUAGAAGUUAUGGAUAAAUGGUUAAUUAGCUAUCCAUCUCAACAAAACCUCCAAAAUACAUUCUCAAACCUUCAUGAAAUAAUUCCCACCAAUUCUGGAGCUCAUACAAAGAAGUCACAGUAAUGGUUGCAGUGAGUAUGAAUAUAAAGACACUAGUAACAUACUGUAGAUUAAGAGAUGUUCACCUCCAUAUAAUUUCUUUUUUUUUUUGUACAUCGACGUGUCUUACAAGCUGUAAUUUGACUGGAAGUGCUUUGAAAGUUCAUCCAGGACAAAGUGAUUUUUGCCUUGAUACUCGCCUUUAGUCUUUCAUGCUGUGGCCCCAUGUGCAGUGUAAAUACACACCAUGUAUUUGAGGAAAAAUGGACCGAGCUAGCUGCUGAUUCUGGUUGUUUUUUUGGCCUCAGUGCGAUGAACUGCAGUAUACCACAAUAACGACACCAGCAAAAAAAAAAAAAACUAACUUUAGCUUGCUGUCCCAGUGCUUUGACUGUGUACAUACAGUAUAUGUUUGAAAGUCACUUUCAAAUCUCUGAGCUAGUUGAGGGGUGCUUGAUUUACCAUUCCAGACACCUCAACAGUCUCAGGAGGGGAAACAUCAAGAGGAACUGAAUCAAGCACCCCUCACAUUUUUAUUAUUCCAGUAUUUAUAAUGUAACAAGCUACUGUUUUUCUACGGUCUGUUUGUGAUGCCAGUGGACCAGAGACAUGCAGAGAAAGAGUUCUGUCAGCGACAUGGAAGGAACUUUUUUAAUGCCAAGGAGUGUUUAGUUAAACACUUAAUUUCAUUACAAGUUAGGAGCUUCAUGUGAGCAACCCAACUCUUUUGCUACAUGUCUCUGCCUGUGGGGCAGGCCAUAGAGCAUGUGAAAACAGAAACACUAUCAUAAUGCUGCUGUCACUCACUUGAAACCCUCAUAUCUCCCGUUUUUUGGUGUACUGUCUGUUUUGACUUGACAGUUUACAUAGUUCUUGUGCUGCGUACUUUAAAGGUCCAUUCAGUAACCUGUACAGUUUCCAAACCGCAUGGUCAUCAUCAGCCUGAAAGAGGCUCCGUUUCUUACUUCUUGAAAAGUCGAUAGAGGGACGUGAGGUGUGAGAGGCUACUUCCUCUCACGCCGACACCACCGGGCUCCAUCCAACAACACAAACACAUUCAGUCACAUUACGGCUUCAAUCGAUGCUCGCGUCCCAUAACAGAAUCAACUGAGGCCUCAAUGGUUCAGGAAGUGUUUGCAUUCAUGGAUCAUAAAAUAUAUUAGACACAAGUCAAUAAUGCAAUUCAAUACAAUCCCACCACAAAGAACUGAAUCACCCCCUCUGAUAAAGUAUCAACAAAUAUAUAUACUGUUUCCCUGUUUGUUUGUUUUUCAUCCAGCUCCUAUACACUAUCUAUUUUACAAAAGCCUUCUAAAAUACAUAAAAUAAUUUCCCCCUGGGAUUAUUAAAGUAUUUCUGAUUCUGAUUCUGAAUCUGAUAAACCUUCUAAGUUGCACAUCAUACUCAAAAUAAUUCAAGAAAAUAUAUACAUUAAAGCCCCCUACAAGCAAUCUUCAUUUUGGUUUCAAGGAUUCUAUGUAUGAGACAAGAAGAAACACACAUUUCAAUGAAUAAUUCAACAUUUUGGGAAACGCAUUUAUUCACUUUCUUGCUGAGAGUUAGAUGAAAAGAUUGACACCACUCUCAUGUCUGUAUGGUAACUAUGUACCUGGAGUCAGUUAUUUUAGCUUAGCAUAAAAGCAGAAAGCAUCUCCUCUCUUUAAUCUGAAGGGGAAAAAAGCAUCUGUUUGUGGAUCCACAGGAUGUUAAGUGCGGGACUACUUCUUGGCCUGGCACAUUUUUUCCGCUCGAUGCCUGGCAACUUUAUGCUAUGCUAAGCUAAGCUAACAUCUCUCAGGUAUAGCUUCAGUAUUAACAUACAGACAUGAGUGGUAUCGAUCUUCUCGUCUAACUUAAUGCAAAAAAGCAUAUUUCUUGUAAAAUUUGCGGUAUCCUGAAAUCUGAAGAAAGAUAGGAUGUGAAUUCUUAAAAAUGGAAAAACUUAAAGAUAUUCUCUUUUUGCCUUCAUUUUAAAUGGUGAUUUCAUAGUAUAUUUGUUUAUUAAGUACUGAAAUUCUACAUUUUUGUGUUUCCUUUUUAUCUCAUAUCACUGUUUUGUCAAACCAAAAAAUGAAACACUUCCUGAAAGCAGACAGGACCUCUAGCAGACGUGUCUGUGUUUGUGCCAUAAGGGAAAGACAGUAAAAAUUAGCCAUCAAAUUGGAAAAUCUUAUAAAAGAUUUAUAAAACCAAAUAAAUAAAGAAUUUGCCUCCCUGAUUUUGUAUUAUAACUAUACACCAAACUUCUAUCACAACACUCUGAUAUCUAACUGUCCCCUUAUGACAUGAAUGCAUCAUAAUGCCAUUGAAGUUUAUGUUACGCUGACAGUAUAUUAAAUGGUUUAAUCAUAUUAUUGACCUGUAAAGUGACAAAACCCAGCAAAGAAAAUGGACCAAUAAAGACAAACAACGGUCUCCUCUCUGGGAGCGUAGACCAGACACUGAACCGCAGUUGGUUCACUCCUCCAUGCGCACUGUGAAGAUUAUAUUUAUUCAAACAAUUACGUUAGAUAUUGACAUUUAAGCUUCAGUGUCUGCGUCCGACUAUGCAGAAGUCUUCUGUUUCUUCUUUAGUUUUUAUCUUUUUUUAAAUACAUUUCUCACAGUCCAAUCCAAUUUUACUGCCACUCUUUUUAUUUCCCUGCUUAUGAUUUCACAUACUUGUAUGUAUACUGUUUUUUCCAGCUAAAACCAAGAAGCGCAUUGUGGGGCUGCCCUAUCUAACAGUGAUGGAGUUUUGAAUGUUUUCCUACCUUCCAGGCAGCCAGUAAUUUAACUACAGUAUCAAGAUCAACUUACAGAAACUUGAAAGUUGGCUUAAGAUGGCAUCGCUGUGAAUAAUAUUUCUGUCAAAUAUUAAACUUUUGAAAACAAUGAAAGCAGAUAUGAUAUUAACUGUGAUGGAUUGCCAAACUCAAGUGAGUUUAAAAUCUUAGCUUGCAGUAAUGUACGUGUGCUCACCUCCAAUUG